CACAAGAACAGUAGGCAAGGAAGAAUAAGUGAUACAAACAAUGGAACAUUCGUAAAGCAUUCUUUAGCAAAGACGCAAUUAUUGAAAGGCUGUACGGUGUAGUUCUUUUGUAUUUCAUCACUUAGUUAUGAGCAUCUCAACACGCGUAACGGUAUAUUUAUACUAAAUAAAUCUAAAACUUAACUGCGUAUUAAAAACACUUUAGUUGAAAGACGGAUAUACACAUAAGCUUAUUACUGCGUUAUAAUAAGCGCAUACCAUACUUGUCAUUGUUCGAAAUGUGGACGUAUAUGUUGAUAGUCGUGGGGCUUUUAAGAGCCGGGCUUGGCCAAAGUCCAGAACCGAGCCCUUGUUCGUGGCAGGAGACAAACUUAAAGAUAGUUGAAAGACUAGCUGUCCUUGAAACGGAGCAGACAUUUCUUAAAGACACCAUAUCCAGACAACAACAAUUCAUUGAUGAUAUGGUUGAAACUGUAAUGAAACAAUGGGGAUCUUGGUCGGAGUGGAGCGCAUGCGCAUUCAAGUGUAAGGGAAGUGACGUAGAUAAUGGGCGCCCCAAAACCAGAACGAGGCUACUAAUGAAAGACAAUGUCGCCAUUCAAAAUGAAACUGAGCGACGGCCGUGUAACGCUAUGCUAGAUUGAACUGUUCAUAUCUCA